AUGGUGUUCAUCGCCAUCCUGGUGCUUGUGGGAAUUGGCUUGAUCCAAGCGUAUGUGCAAGUCCUCGUCGUGGGCGGUACUGGCAACCUAGCGACCAAGUACAUUUGGCCUGCAUUUGAGCACCUGCGCCGUCGUGACGCAUCGGACAAGCCAGCAACUUUGCUUCGAUACUGGGCUGGUGGGGUAAGUGACAAGGCCUUCGGCGAAAGCAUGAUCAAGGGCAUCCCAGAUGCGACAAAGUUGGGUGUUCGAUACGCACGAUUGAGAGACGGUGAGGACUACAAGGCUCUGUCGGUCAACUUCGACUGGGCUGCCCCAGAUAUGACCGGGCUCAUUGUAUACUUGGCCGUCCCACCGCAAUUCUUUGAAACAAUUUGCCAUCACGUCCAUGCUCACCUGCGCCAUCCCGAGUCCUGGAUACGUGUCGUUGUCGAGAAACCGUUUGGCCACGAUCUUUCCAGUGCGCAAUCAUUGGCCAUGUCGUUGCGCGGCAUCUUCAGCGACGACGAGCUCUUUUUGAUGGACCAUUACAUGGGAAAGCGGGGCGUUCACGGCCUUCGCACGUUUUUGACUGCCAACCACGUCGAAUACUCCAAGUGGUGGCCGAAAUUGUCUCACAUCCAAAUCACGAUGCACGAAGCCGACACCGUUGCGACACGAACGGCCUUCUUCGACAACGUCGGCAUUGUGCGGGACGUGAUGGCGAACCACUUGACGCUCUUGUGGGGGCUCGUGGCCCCCCCUCUGGACUCCCCGGCGAACCGCCGCCUCGACUUGGUCCACCAGUUCACCUUUGAUCAGAAGGGCGUGAUCCUUGGUCAGUACGACGGCUAUGCCCAAGAUGUAAGUCUGGAGCUCAAGAAACCAUCGUCCACGACAGCGACGGCGGCGGCUGUGUGUUUUCAGCAUAAAGAUCGACGCCGUCUAUUUGCGUCGUUGACGGCCGGGAAAGGACUCAGUCAGCGCCAAGUCCGCGUGGCGCUGCAGUUUGGAACGACAUGCACGCUGUUGUUUGUUAUACAAGGACCAGAAGGGGAGUACAUUCAACUAUGCGACGCCCUUGUGGCCACGAUGGUCUCUCCAGCCGGAUGGGUUCAAGCAAACAGCAGCGCAUUACCGAUGACACCGCCAAACACUCGUUUUGUUCCACACGUAUCGUUGGAAUCGACGAACGCGUACACAUUUCUCUUGGGCAAAGUGCUGGACGGAGAUACAAGUCAUUUCAUGCACCUCGACGAUAUCCUUGCUGCGUGGAGGUUGUGGCAACCGAUCUUGGAUUACACCGACGCUGCCCAGGAAGGUGACCUGUGGACGUAUCCGCUGGGGGAUGGCUCGUUUCUCGACCUGCAUGGGAUGGAAAUCGGUGCCCAUGAAGAGCUGUGACCUCGCAAACGACCUCGUCAUGGUUGCUUCCAAGGGUGGGAUUCUUUGGAUUUUCAUAACACAAAAAUCGUAAAUAAUGAAAAAUUUCAAUCCA